AUGCCGAAAUAUCGUGAAUCAUACGCCGUGUUGUUGCUGUUAUUGGUUAUAUUCUCAAAUUCCCGUGUGAAAUGUGAUAAAGUGAAAACGGUCAGUUUGACCAAUUGGAAUUUGAUUAAUGAAAAUAAAACUAUCUCAUUAACUGGGCUAAAGGCGCCCAUUGGAGUAUAUACUGCCCUGAAGGAUCUCUAUGGUGACCUAUUGAAUUCCAAAAACGAUGAUGAUCUCCGUUGGAUUGCCAAAGACUCGUGGACGUUUUCAACAACAUUUAGUGCGAAUGUUGACGCUCAUACCAAACUUAAUCUCACCUUCCACGGGAUUGAUACAGUUUCCACGAUACGUUUGAAUAAUAAAAUCCUCGGGAAAACGGAUAAUAUGUUUGUUCGUUAUUCCUAUGAAAUCACGACAUUGUUGCAACCAGAAAAUGUUUUAGAAGUUGAAAUAAAAUCGCCCAUAGUUGCGGCCAAGGAACGUGCCGAUGACCUAAUGUCUAAGGGUAUUAAUGCGCCACCAAAUUGCCCCCCUAAUCGGGAGAAUGGUGAAUGUCAUCGUAAUAUGGUGCGUAAAAUGCAAAUGAGUUUUGGUGGCGAAUGGAAUUUGGCAGCACCAUCUAUGGGCCUAUGGAAACCAGUGGAAUUAGAAUAUUAUGAAGUGGCCAUAAUGCGUGAUGUUGAUGUGGCUAUACGUCGCAAUGACACCCAUUGGACACUGGAUGUUCGGGUAUUUUUGACAACCGGUGUUAGGCAGAAUUUCUAUGCCGAAUUGAAAUUUAUAGCGGCUGAACUUCUGGAUGAACCAUUGACAUUGGACCGCCGCAUGAUUUUCUAUAAUAAUCCCAAAAUAGAAUUCCAAGUCCAUAUUCCCAAGGAUAGAGUAAAUCUAUGGUGGCCCAAUGGCUAUGGUGAACAAAAAUUAUACCCCCUUUACCUUGUGGCCAAAUGUUAUACGGAAAUCAAUGGACCAACCCUCCGAUCCAAGACAAAAUCUCAAAAAACUAUUAACAUUGGAUUUCGUACCAUUGAACUUGAGGAAGAUUUAGAUGAUUAUGGCCGAAAUUUCUAUUUCAAAGUCAAUGACCAACCCAUUUUUGUUAAGGGCGCGAGCUAUGUGCCCUCUCACAUCCUACCAGAGCACUCCUCCAAGGAAUCAAGUAUGGAACAUAUUAUAAAAUCGGCCAAGGAAACACAUUUGAAUAUGAUUCGAGUCUGGGGUGGUGGUCUGUAUGAAUCAGACACCUUCUAUAAUUUAACUGAUUAUUAUGGACUUUUGGUGUGGCAAGAGAUGGCCUUUUCGGGAGCCACAUACCCCAUGACCAAUAAAGAUUUUGUGGAAUCUGUUCGCUUGGAGGUGUAUCAAAAUGCCAAACGUUUGGCAUUCCAUCCCAGCUUUGCCAUGAUUGUGACCAACGAUGAAAUUGAAUUGUAUUUGACAAAAAAUAAAACCGAACUGAGAGAUGACUCCGAGCGCUUGGAGGAUGAAUAUCGUCAAUUGUUUAUGGGCACAAUACGCCAUGAGCUAAAUGUUAUAUCACGCAAUGAUUUUAAUCCACGAGCAGGACCAAUGAUUUCCACGCCCUCUAUGGGGGUGGAGGAGAGUAAAAAAGAUUUGUCCAUAGAACCACAAAAUCCAAAUUAUGGAGAUGUUCAUUUCUGGGAUGAUGAGAAGGAUGUCUGGGAUCCGGACAUAUAUCCACGUGCCCGCUUCAUAACAGAAUACGGCUUUCAAAGUCUACCAAUUAUGGCAUCAUGGAAUCGCACCAUAUCAGAAGAGGAUAAUUUAGCUGAUAUUAUUACACAUCGGCAACAUGAUCCAAAAGAAUUUGGACCCAUAAUUAAAAUGAUAUCUCGUCAUUUCCGUUUACCAAUAAUGGAUUGGGAAGAAAAUAUCGAUAAAUUCAUAUAUCUAAGUCAAAUUACCCAAGCAAUGGCGGUAAAAACUGCAACGGAUUUGUUUCGUUCGGAACGUACACACAAAAGGACAAUGGGUGCUAUGUAUUGGCAGCUGAAUGAUGUUUGGGUGGCGCCCACCUGGUCGAGUAUUGAUUAUUUUGGGAAUUAUAAGUUACUUUGGUAUUGGUCCAGAGAUUUCAUGGCUCCUAUUUCGAUUACUGCUCUAAUCGAUAGUAAUAAUGAUCGAAUCAAUGUCACUGUUACCAAAGAUGAAUAUGUGGAUGAUAUAGAAAAGCCAGAGCUGUACAAUAUUACCAUACAAACAUAUUUGUGGUCUGAAUUAUAUUUCAGGCGAUCCAAUACUAUUGAAAUAUCUGUGACAACCAAUGGCAUGUAUAAGCUCUACUUGGAGCUAUCACAAGUUUUCAAUCAAAUCUUUACCAUCAGCAACAGUUUUUUGAGAUUUAAACUGACCAAAUAUCAUAAAACUCUGGCCAGUACUUAUGUGUUCCCAACGAAAUUCCAUCGGGUGGUGGGAAUGACUGAUCCACAAAUGGAUAUCCAAUUCGUCUCCGACAAUUGCCAGGAUAAAAAUAAUAAAAUUCGCACCAUCUAUUAUAGUUUUAUAAUAUCGGUAAAGAAGCCAGCCGUUUUUGUCUAUUUGGAACUCUAUCAUCCCGAUAUUGAUAAAUAUAAAUUAUCGGAUAAUGGUUUUGUUCUAACCGAACCAAUAAAAAUUGUUCACGCCGAAAUUGAAUUGAAAAAUGAAUAUUGUAUAACGUUGAAAGAGGAACAUGUCAAAGUGUUCCAUUUAAAUCAAAUGUAUGCAAGUUCCUCAUCGAACCCAGAAGUUGUAUAUUCAUCUUCGCCAAGUCCUUUUUCUUCGACGACGGAAAAUAUGACAACUGCAAAAGGUGAUGAUGAUGUGAACGUAACGACUUCUCGAACAACACAAAUGGAAUCUGAAGUAACGAUGGCAGAAUGA